UCAGAGUGCACAUGCGCAUCAUAACACCGUGUAAGUGAGGGCAGAGAGAGGGUCAUCAUGGUUCAGGUCCAGCCCGCUUCUGUCUGUGUUUAAUACUCCACAUGUUGAGGCUGUUCCUCCGGAGGCUCCGGCCGCUUAGCGGGCCGUUGGGCCGCCUCUCUGCCCGCUCAGCACGCUCCUCCAGCGGCUUCCCUGCUCCAGAGAUGCCCGCUGCCUGGGUCCGCAGCAACUUCCUGGACUACUUCCAGGAGAAACACGGACACCGGCUGGUCCCGUCCUCCCCCGUCCGGCCGAGAGGAGACCCCAGCCUGCUGUUCGUCAACGCCGGCAUGAACCAGUUCAAGCCCGUCUUCCUGGGGACGGCAGACCCCCGCAGCGAGAUGGCGUCGUACCGGCGCGUGGUCAACAGUCAGAAGUGCGUCCGCGCCGGGGGCAAACACAACGACCUGGAGGACGUGGGCCGAGACCUUUACCACCACACCUUCUUCGAGAUGCUGGGGAACUGGUCCUUUGGAGACUACUUCAAGGAGGAAGCGUGCUGCAUGGCGUGGAGCCUCCUCACUGAGCAUUAUGGGAUACCUGCAGACAGACUGUACGUGUCCUACUUUGGUGGAGACGCUGCGGCCGGUUUACCCCCCGAUGACGAGACUCGCCACAUCUGGCUGGAGAUCGGGGUCCCUCCUGGGCGCCUGCUGGCCUUCGGCCUGAAGGAGAACUUCUGGGAGAUGGGGGACUCGGGCCCCUGUGGCCCCUGCACCGAGAUCCACUACGACCACGUGGGGGGCCGGGACGCCGCCUCGCUCGUUAACGCUGACAGUCCUGACGUGGUGGAGAUCUGGAACCUGGUCUUCAUGCAGUACAACAGGGAGGGGGACCAGAGUCUGCGUCUGCUGCCCCGGUCCAGCGUGGACACUGGGAUGGGACUGGAGAGACUGGUGAGCGUCCUGCAGGGGAAACGAUCCAACUACGACACAGACCUGUUCACCCCGCUGCUGCACGCCAUCCACCAGGUGUCGAAGGCGGGCCCGUACGGCGGCAGGACGGGCGCUGCAGACCGGGACAACGUGGACAUGGCGUACCGCGUGGUGGCCGACCACGUCCGCACGUUAUCAGUCUGCAUCGCUGACGGAGUUCACCCAGGCAUGUCAGGGGCAGAGUUGGUGUUGAGGAGGAUUCUGCGGCGGGCGGUCCGGUUCUGUGUCGAGGUCCUGCAGGCUCCUCAGGGAGCACUGGCCAGCCUGGUUCCUACUGUCACACACAUACUGGGCGAUGUGUAUCCGGAGCUUCACAGAGAGUCAGACAGAAUCACGGACGUCAUCAACGAGAACGAGGCUCACUUCCUGUCGUCUCUGCAGCAGGGCAGCCGGCUGAUCCUCCGCACUCUCAACAGAAAGGACUACAAACAUGGAGACUUCCCCGCCGCGGUGGCCUGGUCUCUGCACAGGGACCUGGGGUUCCCUCUGGACCUGGUGGACCUGAUGUUGGAGGAGCGAGGAGUCCAGGUGGACCGCCCGGAGCUGGACCGCCUCAUCGCCCAGAACCAGAAGGUGAAGUCGGACCCUCAGCCAGGUUUUCAGUCGGCGCUGACGUUGGACGUCCUCAGCCUGGCGGAGCUGCAGCGUCUCGGAGUUCCUCACACCGACGAUAGCCUCAAAUACCAGUACAGACUGGAGCAGGGCCGGUACGUUUUCCCAGCAUGCAGUGCGACAGUAGUGGCGCUGUAUGACGGCCAGGCGCUGGUGUCGGAGGUCUCAGAGGGUCAGCGCUGUGAUGUCAUCCUGGAUCAGACCUGCUUCUACUCGGAGCAGGGGGGGCAGUCACAUGACCUGGGCUACUUCACCCGGGACGCACUGCAGGACGUCCUGUUCCCUGUGGAGGCUGUGGUCCUGGCGGGGGGGUACGUGCUCCAUCAGGUGACCGCCACCGACAGCCUGAAGACCGGAGACCAGGUCCAUCUGCACCUGGACCAGGUCCACCGUUUGUCCUGUAUGGUGAACCACACAGCGACUCACCUUCUGAACUUUGCUCUGAGGAAAGUUGUGGGUCCUUCAGUUCAGCAGAGAGGAUCUCAUGUGUCAGCUGAUCGCCUCCGCUUCGACUUCAGCGUCAAGAGUUCUCUGAGCGUGUCACAGCUGCAGCAGGUCGACAGCUGUGUGAGUGACAUCAUCUCGGCCAAUCAGAUCAUCCACAGCGAGGAAGUUCCUCUGCAGACAGCGCGGAGCAUCAGGGGGCUGAGGACAGUGGACGAGGUGUAUCCUGACCCGGUCCGGGUGGUUUCUGUGGCGGUGGCGGUCUCUGACCUGUUGGAUGAUCAGACAAACAGACAGACGUCUGUGGAGCUCUGCUGUGGAACCCACGUGCUGCAGACCGGAGACAUCGAGGACCUGCUGAUAGUCUCUGAGAGACAGAUGGUGAAAGGAAUCAGCCGGAUCCUCGCUGUGACGGGACGGGACGCCGCGCUGGCCCGUGAGCAGGGUCAGGUCUUGGCUCAGGACGUGGACUCUCUGACAGCCAGAAUCUCAGGCUCCGCCCCCUCCAGCCUGGACUCCGCCCAGCGCCUCGCCAAGGAGGUGGGCGUCCUCUCCGAUGCUGUAGAUAACACAGCCAUCCCCCAGUGGCAGCGCAGAGAGCUCCAGAGUCGACUCCGAUCUCUGCAGAGGACGAGCAACACGGCGGUCAGGAAGCUGGAGACCAGAGAGGCUGCGGUGAGAGCUCAGACUCUGCUGGAGAAGAACGGCAGGAAGGACGUGCAGGUGGAUGCCGUGGAGACGGACUCUCUGUCGGUGGUGAUGAAGACGGUGAACCAGCUGAGUGCUGCCGCUCCUCACAGUCUCGUCAUGCUGCUCGCUCACCAGAGGCAUUCUGGGAAGGUUCUGUGUGCCUGUCAGGUUCCCAAGGACUCUCUGUCCCUCUCAGCGUCUGAUUGGGCGGUGGCCGUGUGUCGUCACCUCGGCGGCAGCGCCGGCGGGUCAGCGCUUGUUGCCAAGGGAACAGGAAGCAGCAGUGACAUCACCGAGGCGCUGCGUUGGGCCGAGGAGUUCGCUCGCCAGAAAACACGGCGGUGACGUCGAGGCUUGAACUGUUUCCUGUUCCUGUUUGGACAGGAAGUACGGGGGCGGGACAUUUAAAGAGUGAACCAAAGAGACAGCUGUCUGUUAGCAUGCUAACGGUUAGCUGCUGCUGAACUGACAAGGGAGGGGUGGACAAAAUAUCAGAAACACCUGACACUGGAGCAUUAUGAUGUCAUGAAGGGAUUUCUUCUUCUGAUGAUCAUCAAUCACCACGACAGCCUGUCAAGAUUUAUUAUUUAUAAUUGUUUUAUAAAUGUGAACUUUUCUGUUUUACAAUAAAUCUCUGAAGACAGA